CUUGGGCCUUUUAAACAUUUUAAAUUGCCGCAUAACUUUUAUAUAAAAUGGCUUUGGCCGAGAAAUGUUUCCCGCGAGGCGGAACCAUUCAUAAACCUGCUAAUACCAUAGAUGGCACUUCAAAUAUCAUUUUUGGUGCCACACAAAAAAAGACGAAAAAGACACCAAAAUCCAAGGACAACCAUCUCAAAGGUCUUAACAACGAUGAAGGCGAGCAAUUGCAAUCCUCUUAUGCGGAAACGCUCACAUUCGAUACUCUUCAGGACGAUAUGCUGGUUAUGGGCGUUGUAAAGAACACCAGCGCUACAUCCUUGGACAUUGCACUGCCGGGGCGCUUGACAGCACGAACUCUUGUCGCUGACAUAUCUGAUGCGUACUCAAGAGUGGCAAAGGCAGCCAUGGACGGCGACUUAAGUGAAUACAAUGCACUGACAGAGCUUUUCGCCGUGGGUCGCAUUGUUUAUGGUCGAGCUAUCAAAACUGAAAAGUUUAAUAACAGUCGCACAAGGCUGCUCUUAAACCUUAAGCCCGUCGAUGUGCACACUGGCUUACUGCAUACUAACAUUAAGAAGGGCUUCAUCUUUACGGGCGCUAUACAUGAAAUUCAGGAGCACGGCUACGUUAUUGAAACGGGAAUUGAAGGACUGCAUGCUUUUCUAGCAAUGGAAGAGCGAGCGUCAAAAGAAUUGCGCCACAUGGGUGAACUGGUGUCCUUAAAAGUCAAACAAAUUCAUCAUACCGAUACUCAGAGUACUUGCACAUGCGUCGCAGUGGACCAGGCUGGCCUGAAGAUCAAGAGCCAGAAUGAAUGCAAUUUGGAUUACAUACUGCCCGGCAGCAUACUUAAGUUUAAGGUGGGCAAGCAUAUUAAGAAUGGCUUGCAAGGCACUAUUAUGCAUGAAUCGUUCACGGCCUAUGUAAAUGAACAUCAUUUGGCGGAGGCCUUGCACGUACCGGAGGAUUAUGAAUUAAAUGCAGAGUACGAGGCACGGGUGCUCUAUAUAAUGCCAUUGACGAAAUUAGUCUAUUUAACUCUAAAUCUGAACAUUGAAGUUAUGAAUCACCUGUUUCCCGCAGGCGGCGAGGAUGAAGAAGAAGACCAAACCGAGCAGGUAGAAGGGGAGCCCCUGAAGAGGGGCAGCGUCGUCGAGAAGGCCAAAGUGAUGCGAUUAGGCACCGGCGGUGUUAUAUUGCUACUUAACAAAAAAUUUAAAGGUCUUAUUUCCUAUGGAUCCAUCAAAACCAACUACAAAGGCAAUUACGAUAAUGAUGAAGUGUUGGCAAAAUAUGCACGCAAAUCCAAACACAAGGUUCGCAUCCUGGGCUACGAUGUAAUCGAGGCUCUCUACUACUGCACCGACGAUCAGAAUGUAAUCAAUGAGAAAUAUUUCGCCCUGGAGGACAUAGAACCUGGUGAGGUAGUGACCGCAAAGAUAGUUAAACUUGACGAAAAAAUUGGUGGCUAUGAUGUAAAGAUUGGAAACCUAAAGGGCGUCAUUGAGAAACUGUUUUUGGCGCCCAACAUUAAAUACGAUGUUGGUUUGCGCCUGCGUUGUCGCAUUGUGGACGUAAAUAUGGAUCGCAAGAUUUGCUAUCUGACCAAUCGUGCUGAGUAUCUAGACAAGAGUGUGAAGGUGCUGACGUCGCUGCAGGCAGCACAGGUGGGCAAUUCCUACAUGGGUACCAUCGUUAAAUGUGACCCAAAUUAUGUGCUAGUCAAGUUCUUCAAUGGCAUCAAGGGUGUGCUGCAUAUGCACCGACUUAUUGGCUUCGUGGCCACCGAUCCGAACUCGUUCGUCGAAGGACAGACCACCAAGUUCCGAAUCUUCAGCAGAAACGACGAACAAAUUGCCCUAACGCUGCCUGAGGACAAAUUCCAUGUGGGCGAAAUAUGUCCCACAGAGGUGACCAACACACUUGAUGCUGGUCUGGAAAUAAAAAUCACCUAUGCCGGCGAUGAGGAGCAACAGGAACAGGAAGUUGAAGAGUUCAUAGGUUUAAUUCCAUUGCGCUUACUCUCCGAUCACUUGGACCUACUGGAGGCACAGAGGCGUAUUCAUGCCGCGGGCUCAAAAAUCAAAGCUGCUUGUAUAACGCAAAACAUAUUCAGUUUACGGGAUGUGCCCUAUUUCAGUGAAAACUUGACCAAGAAUUGGCAAACCGUCCAGGUUGGAGAUGUCCUGCGUGCCUAUGUGAAAAAUGCCACCGACAAGGUUAUCGAUCUUUUGGUACCCGUCCGCAAUUACAACAAACUGGUCAAAGUACAUGUAAAGAUGUUACGCUUGAAUGCUGUUCGUCAUGUGCCAAUUGCAUUGGCUCCAGAACAGGUGCUCUACGUGAAGGUCCUCAGUAAGGAAGUGGAGACCCACACACUCACAGUAUCCGCUAAACUGACAGAUGUGUGGAAGGGGCAGUUGAACGAGACGGCACAGUUUGUGGAAAGCUAUCUCAAGGAAGUGGCAGAGAUAAGGAAGGCAUUGAAGAAACAAAACGCUCCCAUAGCCAAGAACAUCAUUGGCGAGCAAGUAAAUGUAGUAUUCAAAGGCGUACAUCCCGAGACCAAUGACUGGAUUUAUACAGUGGAAGGUUCUUCUCUAACAGCAAUACUUAAGUACCACUUGGCAGGUUUGGCGCCAAAAACACCUGAAAUGGGUAAGAAACAGCAAGCUGUUGUAUUAUGGAUUGAUUACGCCAGUGAUGUGCUUUUUAUAAGCAUAACGAAGGCGGACAUUGAACAUAUCGUGACAAGCACGAAAAUAGCCGAAAAUCUUGCCGGUAAAGCUGGCAUGAAAGCUAAGGUAUUGCUUAAAUUGGAGUCCAUAUACAUAUGCUCGCUGAAAAAAGGUACCAAUCCAUUGGUAGUCUGUCCAGUGCGCUUGCAUCACAAUGAUGUUGAGAAUUCGGCUAGCGUGGGUCUAAAUGAAGGCGAAUUUUGUAAUUUGGCAAUUAUACACGAUAAAUUGCCUAUCGCUGUGCCCGAAGCUGUCUGGAAGCUGUGGCGUAAUGUGAAGCGUCCAAAAGUCGACAAGGAUGAAGUGUUAAUAGAGACUAAGAAACCAAAACUAGAGGAACAGCUUUUAAAGAGCAAGUCCUCGAAAGUGAAUGAUAAAACCUCUGUAGUACUCAAUGGCAAGGAACCACAACCAGAAAAUGUCAAAAAAGUGAAGCUAAAAAACGGCCAGAAAACAGAGACUCCCAAUAGUAAGAAAGCUAAGCUAGAAAAACUAGAGGAACAGCUUUUAAAGAGCAAGUCAUCGAAAGUGAAUGAUAAAACCUCUGUAGUACUCAAUGGCAAGGAACCACAACCAGAAAAUGUCAAAAAAGUGAAGCUAAAAAACGGCCAGAAAACAGAGACUCCCAAUAAUAAGAAAGCUAAGCUAGAAAAUGGCAAAGUUCAACAAAACGCUCAGCUAUUUUUCGAAGACAAAAUUCCCUCAAAACCAGCAGGUCCAGUCCAGCCUGCACCAAGUAAGGAGCGUCUACCUGGAGUUUCCAGUUUUUGGACCACGGACCUAAGCACCCUAAAUGGAAACAAACAGCCCGAAUCCAGUGAUGACGACGAGGAAACCCCAGAUAAUGAACUGAACGCUAGCAAAAGGAAACGUCUGAGUGCCAAAGAAAAGGCGAAGGCGCAGAUUAAAGAAGAGCAACGCCUGCGUGAAAUCGAAGAACGCAAUGCAGAUCCCACACAGCGACCCGAGACCAUCGAUCAAUUCGAACGUCUUGUGCUGGCCGAGCCGAAUAACAGCAAGUCCUGGAUUGAAUACAUUGCCUUUUUGCUCUCGAACACAGAAAUUGAAAAGGCCCGCGCCGUGGCACGACGUGCCAUAAAAACAAUUGCGUUCCGCGAGAGUGGCGAGUUAUUAAACGUAUGGAGCGCUUUGCUCAACCUGGAACUAAUCUAUAACACGAACCAAUUUAACGAUGUCCUUAAAGAGGCGCUCACCUGCAAUGAGCCUAUCGAUAUUUACAUGCGUACCGUCGAUAUAUUGAAGCGUGCUCAACGCAAAGAACAACUGAUCGAUAUGCUAGGUCUAAUGCAGCGUAAAUUUAAAACACAACUCAAAGUAUGGCGUCUAAUCGCUGACGCCUACUUUUCCUUGGACAUGAAGGACCGUGUCCAGCCGUUGCUGCAACGGGCUUUGGCCGUAUUGCCCAAUAAUGAUCACAUAAAUUGCAUCGUUGCCUUCGCGAAUUUAUACGCCAAGAAUGGGGAUAAUGAUAUGGCACAAACGUUACUGGAUGAUAUAGUGACCUCUUAUCCGAAACGCAUUGAUAUAUGGGUGCUCUAUGUUGAUAUGCUAAUUAAAGCCGAUCUCAUUGAUUCGGCACGGAAUGUCUUGGCACGUGCAGUUUUACAUAAGCUGCGGCCAAACAAAAUGGUCGUGAUAUUCAAGAAAUUCCUGGACUUCGAGCUUAAAUAUGGCACGGAUGAAAACGCGACGAGAGUCAAGCAAAUGGCCGAAGAUUAUGUAAAGAAUUAUAAUAAAUCGGCUUCGUAAGACACAAAACACAAGUCAAUGCCUUUAAGUCUUAUGUUAAAAGCUUUGUUUUUUUUUUAUGAUGCACACUUUAUUUUAAAAACUAUAUAGUUUAAAUGAAAUGUGAUUUUUCACUGCUACUUUCUUUUAAU